AGGCAGGUUACUCGGCUCAAAGACAUACCACCAUGCCCGGCAGAGGGAAAAGGAAAGCCGAUCCACUGGCUGGCAGCGCAAAUGGCAGCGUCCAAAAGAAAACCAAAUCUGAAGGCUCCAUGCAAUGCUCUGAUGGGAAAAAUGGUCUGUCAGAGCGGCGAUUGAAACAAUAUUCCGUCGGAAAAUCUGGACGAGUCCCGUUGACGGUCGGCAUCACAGGAGCUCGAGCAGACGAUGUGCUGCGUGGUGUGGAGGAAGCGAGUAGUGGUGAUGUUGCCAAUGUAGUCUUGCGCAUCCACUCUGGGGUGGUGUCGGCGCCUUCGAUCAUUCGGCGCAGUGUUGAGGCGGAAGUGGGCCGAGAUGCACUGGUGGAAACGGUGGCCAAGCACUUUUCAAUUUCCAAGGCCCAGGCAGAGCUUCGUUAUGACGACUUCCCAACGACCGAGGCUCCGAAUCAUCAGCCACUGGGUUCCGGUUGCUGUCAUGGCAUUGAGGAAGAAUGCAACUGUCCUCCAGCGGCCACAUUUGUGAUUGUGUGCCAAGGAGUGUGGCAGUCCUUUGCUGAACAGCAUGGCCACGGCUCCGAGAUGCAGCGGCUCAGCAGUCCUCGGUGGAGCAAGUUGGAAAGGGCAGGUUUGGAUUUUGGCAAAGGGCAAGUAGUGAACCUCCUGUUGCAGAGGGGGUGUGCGGGUGUACGGGGACUAUGGAGUUUGACGGAGAUUGUUUGCCUUGAUUGAUCUCUGGAUCCACAGCUAUGAUCCCAUGCUGCUGAGGGCCAUGGUCGAGGAGCGACGUGUCGUUUGCUGGCGUGAUGUGUUGCAGCUCAUGUAUACACCUGGCUUGCCAGAGGGGAAGAAACUCAUCCUUCGUCCCCGUCUCUUUGAGCUGGUUGCUGGACCACAAAUUCUCUCGGUGGUGGAUGAAAAGGAGGACGUCUUGGACGUGGUGAAGAUCUUUGGAGGUGAGGGACCGGCGCUGAUGUUACGGCUCUCUGGCCGAGUGAUGCGGGUGCCGUGCGGCUCCUCUCGAGCUUAUCAGGUAGACGUGGAGACAAUUAGAGAGGCGGUGAAGGGCCUCGUGGUCGGAACUGAUGAGCAACUUCACCACUGCUUGACUCAGCUCCAACCUUUGAGCCUGGGAGCUUUGAAGAGCAGCUUGCAGAAAGUCAUUCGCUUCCAUGCCAAAGACGUUCUAGUGGAAGGCAAGCUCAUCCCGGCUCCGGUGGUUGCAGCUGCCUCAGCCGCCCUGCUCUUUGCAUCGAAGGGUGGUUUUUCACCGGAGCUUCAGCUAUUUACCCGUGGUGCCACUGCAGCUUUCAAGCGUUUGGCUGUGAUUCUGCUGGAAGAUGCAUGGAUUGAAGAAGACAACAUGGCCUCUUCGUUGGAAGGUCUCCUGGCUCUGGGUUUAGUGACUCAGCAGAUGAACGACUACGAACCCUCACAUCACCUCAUCAUCUCAUCCAUGCGGAUUGCCGCGAAGGCCGCGAUGUCGUGCAGCUUGAUUGCCUGGCGCAAAGGAAAGCAGGGUCCUUCAAGCAUCAAGGUGCUCGAAUGUGAGGCAAGGUCCUUCCAGACUUCGGCUCAACUCUUAAGAGACCUCCGAAGCUUUGCCGGUGACAUGCAGAUGUUUGAUCAGGUGUCUGAAAGUAGCAAGUCUGGUAAGCUGGAGAUGCUGCAUGCACAUGGACGUCCUGAUAUUAUGCCUCUUUGCCACAUCGUCGACCAGCAUACGUUCCGCGGAGUUGGUCAUGUGCUCGGCGCUGGGUCAGGAGCCACGUUUGCUGAUCGCUUUCAUCUCCUGUUUGAUCAGUGCACCGGCUGCAACCCCAGAUUCUCAGACCUUGCUGGUUUUGAAUCAAGACCUGAAGUUCAGCGUGCUCGUUUUGCACAAAACUGUUGCCUGAACUUUGCCCUGCAGAAACCUCGGAAUGCAUUGCCACUGAUCUCUGAUGGCACUCCAGUGAGUCUAGAGCUAGACACAGGGGUGCUGGCUGCAGGCGUUGGGCCAAUUUCGGUGCACGUGAAUGCGGGGUCCAAGCGCAAAAAGGAACUUUUAGUUUUGCUUGGACUGAGAUGCCCAGAAGAUGAGGUAGUGAUGCUGAAACCCGUUAGAGCAACCAGAGAUUUGUUCGGUGAACUUACAGAGAAAGAGCGUGCAGAUGCAGUCACUUUAGCCCGUUCGCACAGCCAUCGUGUGGUGUCUCCCUUGCUGCCAAGCAGCAAAGAAGCCCAGUUUCGUGACGGAAUGUGGGAGGUAGAUGGAUGCAAAUGGGCAGACCUAGUCAGCCAAGGAGUCAAGGUCAAAAUACCGCUGGUUUGCCCACCGCGCUGGUGUGACGACCUGUUGAAGAACCCCAGCAGAGUGUGUGAUUUGCUUGAUGAUGAUGGUGCUUUAGAAGAUGCUCUCCGAAGUACAGGUGCUGGAAUGAUUGCAGAUUCAGACAAAAUUGUGAUGUGCAUGACCUGUUCACUUCCACACGGAAUCUCCCUUCGAGCAGUAGCACUUUUGCGACAGCAGUAUGCCUGCAUUUCUAUGCCUACUCCAUCUCUGCAAGGAGGUUUGGUGUCUGAUCAGCUCGCGGCCUAUGAUGGGGAUUGGAAGGUCUACCGGCUUUUGGCACUGAUUUCGCGCCUAGUGCCCGCAGCCCUAAGGCCGACCAUGCCACCCAACUUUCAGGUGGUGAACUCCAUCCUCCUGCGAGUUGUUGAGAAGUGGAUGAUGGAGGGCAUCCAAAGCCGCCCAGCUGACCUCCACCUGCCACGGUCCGUUGGUCUAGAAACGGUGGGGCGGUGGGAGGAGGUGCAGAAGUGCCUGGAGCAAGUGGCGGAACUCAUGGAACAUCAACGUGAGGCCAUUCAUUGCAUGGUCCAGCGAGAUGAAGAUUUAAAGUGUGGCGGGCACUUCCUCAUCAUGGAUACUGGCCAUGGCAAGACCGUGACUGCUCUCGUUUAUGCCUUCAGGUGGCUUUGCCAGCAUGGCCAGAACGUGAAGCGUCUGGUGUGGAUCACCCCACAUGGCACUGUGGAGAAUUUGGUCAAGCAGCUGCGAGACACUUGGCGUGUCAAGACCCACGUGGUCCCGCGGAUCUCUUCGGCCAAGAAGCCCAAAAGUGGUGAGCGAUACGACUUGGUUCUCAAGGACUUUAUGGUGAAUGUGAUCCAUGCAGACCACUUGAGAGCUGCUAUUGACAAGGGGCUGGCUGCAGAGGCCACGUCGUCCUUCUUCGUCUUUGACGAGGUGGAUGAGAUGUAUGCACCAACCUUGCGGACUUCGGCCGCCCGGCGCCUGUGCCAGCUUUGCCCCAAGUUCGUGGCGCAGACCGCCACACCGUUGCGGAAGAAUGAGUCGCAGCUCUUGGCAUGGUUGGCAGAUACCUGCUCCUUUCCUGUGGACAAACAAAAUUGGCUGGUGGCUGCUUCUGGGAUGGUCUCGAUGCAGCUGGAACUAGGCAUCGCAGCUCGAGAAGAAGAUGUUCUUGUACCAAUGGUAGAUGAUGUGCGGGAUCAUUGCCGGAGGAUCUUCAAUUCAAGGGGGGCUGCACGUUGGCUUGAAAUGGCAGGACUGGUUCAACAGCACACCGAUGCAGCGAUGAUUAAGGUGGCUGUUCAGGCUGCCGAGGAGGACCGCUCCAGGCAUGCAGAUGGCGGUGUUUUGCUAAUCGCAGAUUCGCGGCAACAUGCGGAGAAGCUCCUGAAGCUCAGCAGUGCACACCUGCCAAGCGGCGAUUUUGCUUCUUUGGAAGCACCUGACGCACACAGAUUUGCCAUCGUGGUGGUGACAAAGGACAAAGACCGUGGAUACAACUCUGCCCGACGACUUGGUGUCAUGGUGACUGGAGCUUAUGCUGGGAAUGCCGCCUCCCGACACCAGAUCCGUGGGCGCCUGAGGCGGCUCGGGCAGAAGCGGAAGGAGGUUCGCUUCGUGACGGUUUGCAUGGAGAAUUCCAUUUUACAUUUGCUCCACAAGCGCCACAGUGCAGUGGACACAAUGAACAUCUCGUUGGAGCAGCUUGGACAACGCUUCAGUGCAGAUGUUUUGAAGGGUCUAGCGGGCAAAUGACUUAGAAACAAAGAUGCGAAUUAUUGGAACGCUACUAGGGGCUCCUGGCCUUACUACUAGGAGCAAGGACGCUACUAGUAACAAGUGCCUUACGUAACAAGAAGCACAAGAAGCUACUAGUGCGCACUUCGGGUGUCGAGAAGUUCCUAUUUUUCACCGGACCGUUCGACGGGUGGCAGCCUGGCAGCCCAGUUGCGGCUGUUUCCAGGUUCUGCGGUCUUGACAUUUUAGGCCCCUUGUGCAGGUCCAGAGGGUAAUCUUCUGGAGGGCCGAAACGAGACGCCGAGGUUGGCGCUGCCAAAGAGUCUGAUUUGAUUUUGGGCCUGAACCAUUUAUGAUCUCCUUGUUCAAUCUCCC